AUGAGCAGUAACAUCGCCUCGAAGAACACCUACGAGCUCCUGGGCAACGACCCGGAGCUCGACCCGGACAGGGAGCCGGAGCCACCGACCAAAGUCAUCGACAAGCCAGUCGCGCGUACCGGGAAGCGCAACGCCGGCGCCGAGGGGCCUUCAGGCGACGCACCGAGACCUGCUGCCGGCGGGCGUGGAGGCCGACAUGCUCAGUUCGCUAGGGGCGACCAAGCUGGUUCGCUGAACAACCGCGCCGAGCAGGCCGACGAUGGCGUGCGUCAGGACCGUCAUGCUAACCGCACGAGGGAACCGCGCCAGCAUCGUGGAGGUACGGACCGCGGCGGACGUGGGACUCAUCGGGGCGGACGUGGGUAUGGUGAUAGAUACAUGCGCACCAACAGGGAUGACCGUCAGAACCACUCUGGACAAGGCGACCACGAGAAGCAAGCAGCGCACGGAUGGGGUGGCGAAGACGGCAACUCUGAGUGGAAGGAUGAGGUGGCCGGUGAAGCGAUCGCAAAGGCCGAGGCGAACGACGAUGCCGGUUUCACUCCAGACACUGGCGCCGGCGACCCAGCUUUCACGAACGGACCUGGAGCGGGAGGCGAGGAGCUCGGCGAGAACGCUGCACCUGAGCCUGAGGAGGAGAAGACCAAAUCUUACGAUGAGUACCUCGCCGAGCAAGCCCAGAAGCGCCUCGCUCUCGGCAACGAGUCGCUGCAAGUGCGCAAGGCCAACGAAGGCUCCAAGCAGAAGUUCCCAGAAGGCACUGCCGUGACCCGCAACACCGAAGAGGAGAGCUUCAUCGCUGGCAGCGGCGGCAAGGCCCGGCGCGAGAAGUCGAACCAGCAGAAGAAGGAGCAGCUCACGCUCGACGGCCAGUACUACACCGCAGCCGACAGCGGCGAUUCGCGCGGCGGCAGAGGCGGGCGCGGUCGUGGUGGUCGCGGACGGGGUGACGGUGAAGGUGGCCGUGGGCGUGGAGAGUUCCGUGGAGGUCGCGGAGGUGGACGUGGUCGAGGCGAGGGAUUCCGUGGUGAUCGAGGUGCUGGCUUUAGGGGAGGCCCGCGCGGAGGUCCUCGCGGCGACUUCAACGCCACCGACUCGAGCGCCUUCCCAGCUCUCGGCGGGUCGUAA